AUGCCUUCACUCUUUCCUAGUCGAUGGUCCUUUAGGGGCAACAAGACAUCGAAGGAAGAUGGAACGCCCGAAGAGAGCACAUCUCAGAGGGACUCCCUACCUGUGUCGGAAGCGGGGCGAUCAAUUCGUGGUCAAAGCUAUUUCGAUAGACGAUAUACCAACAAUGGCAUUGACGACGUAGCCAAGUAUAAAGCAAUGAUCAAAUUCUUUCAUGUGCGAUUGACUGCGUACCAAUGGCUUCCUUCGCCGAUACAUCCACAACAUAGUUCCACAGGAGUCUUUUUACGCCGGUCGAGGGGCGUGUAUAUGUCGGAACCAGAGGAUGUCAAUCCCGUGCUGGUUGCAGCAAUUCAGAGAAUCAACGCUACGGUUGCUUUCACAAUGACGACCGAGACCACGAGUAUCAUUACAUCACAACUUGCGCCAGGCCAAACGGAAUUGAUUCUUCCCAAUGGCUACCAGGUUCAGAUUAUUGAGUCAUAUGCCGAUAUUGCCGGAUCUCAUUCAAAUAUGGUGAAGAAGUAUCAAUAUUGCGCCUUAAUUCGAGAAGAGCACCUCCUUCUCGUCUGGAAUGACGAUCUAAAUGCUAUUCUGAGCCACGCUGCCGAUGUAGAAGCAAAGCUGCUUUCUCUGAUCUGGGGUAGCCCCGUCCCGACAUUCAAUCUCCAAUUAACACCUUUGGCAACCCCGGGGGAAUCUGUCGUAGCGUCGCCCAAUGAUUCAUCGUAUCAUCUGGCUCUCGAGACACCGAGAGAGUCACAGCCAGCGGCCGAGGAUUCUGGGACUUCUCGCGAUACCUCUCCGAGAAGGAUGUUGAACGAGGAACUCAAGCACCCGAAAGAGUCAUUAGAACGGCCAUUGGCAGUGACCAGCGCGAUUUUCGUCGGAAUGGCCGUGAUGCUUCUUGUCAUUCUCCUUCUAGGAUUUGGCAUCUCUAAUCUGCUUUUGGAAUACUCGGUCGAUGGCGGCGCAAUGAGAUUUGCACUUACGGCGACGAUCCCUUUUUUCCUCUUGUUUAGUAUCUUCUUCAUGAUCGUUAUCUUCACGGAUAUCUUCCAAGCUGUCGGACCGAUCAAGACGCUUAAGACUAAUACACGGUUCUAUUCCCCUAUUGCCCCCGACCUGAAAACGGCCUACUCCCUGGGCUUCACGCCACCACGUGUUACCAUUCAGAUGCCCAUCUAUACUGAGUCGCUUGAAGGGGUUAUCAAACCUACCAUAAAAAGCUUGAAGACAGCAAUCUCCCACUACGAGUCGCAUGGAGGUACCGCAAAUAUCUUUAUCAAUGACGAUGGCUUUGCCUUGCUUUCCGAAGAGGAGAAACGUGAGCGGAUCGACUUCUACCACGAUAACAACAUUGGCUGGGUUGCUCGGCCCAAAAAUAACGAGGGUGACUAUAUUCGGAAGGGAAAGUUCAAGAAAGCCUCAAACAUGAAUUUCGCCUUGAACGUCUCGAAUAAAGUUGAGGAAGAACUUAUCCGGCGUAUGGCUCCGAAAUUGGAAAAGUCCGAUAUGGUUGAUCCCAUGGAAGAAGAGUUGGUCUAUCGGGAGGCUUUCGAUCACGUUAUCCAAUCCGACCCUCGCAUCCGCGGCGCUGGUGGUGAUAUCCGUGUGGGCGAAUUCAUCCUGAUUGUCGACUCAGACACUCGAGUGCCUGCCGACUGCCUUCUCUACGGUGCUGCCGAGAUGUUCCUGAGCCCCGAAGUCGCCAUCAUCCAACAUUCUACCAGCGUGAUGCAAGUUUCGCGGGAUUAUUUUGAGAAUGGCAUUACUUACUUCACCAAUCUUAUCUAUUCGGCGAUUCGGUUUGCAGUAGGUAGUGGCGAAACCGCGCCCUUUGUUGGGCACAAUGCCUUUCUUCGAUGGCAAGCCGUCCAAUCCGUUGGCCGACCAGACGACGGGUAUGUGAGCUUCUGGUCCGAAAGCCACGUAUCAGAGGACUUUGAUAUCGCCCUGCGUCUACAGAUCCAAGGGAACAUUAUUCGUUUGGCUAGCUAUCAUAAUGACGAGUUUAAGGAAGGUGUUUCUCUCACCAUUUAUGACGAGCUGUCGCGUUGGGAAAAGUAUGCUUACGGAUGCAAUGAACUCGUCUUUAAUCCUAUCCACACAUGGUUUUAUCGGGGUCCCUUGACCAAGCUGUUUAUGACUUUCCUAUGGUCCAACCUACAGCUAUCGUCCAAAAUCACCAUUUUAGGAUAUAUUUCAUCCUACUACGCCCUGGCGUCUGGGUUUCCCUUGACUGUGCUCAAUUACUUCCUCGUCGGCUGGUUUGAGGGUUACCUAGACAAAUUUUAUAUGGAGUCAUGGAAAGUUUUUCUUAGUUUGCUAGUCGUCUUCUCCGCAGCCGGAAAUGUUUGCUUGGCCGUUAUUCGGUACCGCCUUGGAGAGAAGUCGUUAUUGUCCUCCCUCGUGGAGAACUUCAUGUGGAUGCCUAUGUUUGCUAUUUUCUUCGGCGGACUUUCCUUCCAUCUGAGUCUGGCUAUCUUAGCCCACAUGUUCCGUAUAAAUAUGUCUUGGGGCACCACGGCAAAGGAGAAGGAUGACUCGAACUUCUUCAAAGAAAUGCCUAAGAUUUUUAAGAGCUUCAAAUGGAUGUACGCCGUGGUGAUCCCAUUCUUUCCUGCCAUGAUUUACUUGGCCUGCUUUGCCCCUCACGGCUGGACAAUUACGGAAGUUGGUGCUAUUGUACCAAUGUCGGUCACUUUGGCAUCGCAUGCUCUUCUGCCGUUACUGCUAAAUCCAUCACUGAUGGUGUUUAACUACUAAGUGCAUGCGCUUACGACGAUUACGAGACCUUAUCUUUUCUU